AGUCUCUACGCCCUUCCGCCCCGAUGUAUCCCAUCGUGCCCCGCGUCUUCCGGGCGCAGCCUCUCGUAGCCUCGCCCCUUCGGCGCGCGACCCAUCAUGGCGCAGGGUCCGCGCAAGUUCCAGCCGCGGAAGCCAAGUAAAAGCAAGUCCGCGGCAACAGCCUCAGAGCGGAACCGCGGGCCAAGGAAAGGCGGUCGGUUGAUCGUCCCCAAGAAGGCACGCAUCGUGCAGCAGCAGCAGAUCAAGAAGGAUCUAGAGAUCGCGAUCCGGAAGAAGAUUGAGCACGACAUGGUGAUGAAAGCCAGCUCCAGCCUGCCCAAGAAGCUGGCACUGCUGAAGGCCCCAGUCAAGAAGAAGGGGGCCGCUGCCUCCUCUAAGACUCCUUCCUGAAGAUGUGAGCUCACAGGCUGUACCUCAGGGUCUCCCUGCUAAAUUACAAAAUUGUCCAGGUUGAUCUCCAACUUGUGAUCCUUCUGCCUCAGCCUCUCAGAGUGGCAGGAUGACAGGUGUGCGCCACCACGCCCGGCUUUCAGACCCUUUGAACCCCUUGCAACAUCUGCCUGGUUCCUAUGUAAGUUAAAUAAACAUUUUAAGACAUGCUCGUCUUCAGAUGUU